UGUCUAGGCUUUCCAAACCCUUGAUUGGAAGUUCAGCCAAAUUGAUGACCCGUGCACUGCAAGCUACAUGUAUAGAAGCGCAUAUUGUAGACGAUCGGGUGGCUCAUUCCGGCUUUCGCGCGCAGGACGCAACACAUCAGCAUGAGAUUUCGAUUUGGAGAAGGCGAGGAGCAACUUUUUGCAACAGACAUUCUCCCGCUACUCGACGUGGAUAAUGAAGAUGAGAGCUGCACGAGUUCCACCUGCGGCGAUUCGAGUGCAGACUCGAGUACGGUGGACACUUGCACCGCGAAAUUGAAAGCUGGCGAGAUGCUACCAGCACCACGCUCGAGAUUGCGAUUAAGGAGUAAAAUCGAGCGCUUGCGUCGCGAAAUUCAAACUCUUGGGGUGGAGCUUGCAGAUCUACAACGUCCAGGACGAGGACUGGCGGCUACAGCAGUGAAGCGUACUCACAUCUCGCGGUGGCAAUUUAUUGCAGCGAAAAACAAACAGCAGCGAGAACGUGCAGAACACGACAACAAAGUGCUGAAGAGGAUGAUCGCUGCACAAAACAUACUUGCAAAGUCAAUCCUCAACGGGCGCUUCCGGCUUUCAAGUAAAGUCCGUUGCACUGUAAGCACUUCGUCGCGCCGAAGGUAUCCACGGAUCAAUGUGUAAGCUCAUAAUUGUUAUGCUCUGGUUAAGGUGGAUCAUAGCAAGCGUAGGAACCCAGAUUUGCCUCAUGCAUUUGUAUAACUAUUGAACAACGAUCACAUAGAUGACAAGCCAGCUGCAUGUAGCUGGCCUGUGUGCAAAGUAAUGCUCGAGUCGGAAUAACGUAGUAUUUUAUGCAGAUGUGUAGGUUACUGAAGCACGUGUAGGCGUAAUGAUAACUCUCG